AUCCUUCCAAACCACGGCAAACCAUGGGCGUGAAUGAUCCUACCGUUCUCCGCUUAAUCUAUAAAAUGCCGCCUGCGUCGCCAAACCCUCCCCAUUCCCUUCUCUCUCUCUCUCUGUUUCUUGCUUUGGAGCAAUCAGCCAUGGCUCUCCGAGCCCUCUUCUCCAAGAAAACCCUAACGUGCGCGUCCAGCUUCGCCCCCGUCUCUGCCUGCCUGGAUCGUUGUCUUGGAUCGAGAGUUCGCCAGGACCGGGCCCUCACCUUGGCUGCCCUUCCGGAUCUCGCCUAUGACUACGGCGCACUCGAGCCCGUCAUCAGCGGCGAGAUCAUGAGGCUGCACCACCAGAAGCACCACCAGUCGUACGUCACCAACUACAAUAACGCUCUCGAGCAGCUCGACGCUGCAAUCGCGAAGGGUGACGCGCCGGCGGUCGUCCGGUUGCAGAGCGCCAUCAAGUUCAAUGGCGGAGGUCAUAUCAACCACACAAUCUUCUGGCAAAACCUGAAGCCUGUAAAUGAAGGUGGAGGUGAGUCUCCCCAUAGUUCACUAGGCUGGGCAAUUGACGAAGACUUUGGCUCCUUUGAGGCUUUGGUGCAGAAAAUAAAUGCAGAAGGUGCUGCUUUACAAGGUUCUGGAUGGGUGUGGCUAGCUCUGGAUAAGACCAGCAAGAAACUCAGUGUUGAAACCACAGCAAAUCAGGAUCCACUGGUGACCAAAGGCGCGACACUUAUUCCAUUGCUAGGUAUCGAUGUGUGGGAGCAUGCAUACUAUCUACAGUACCAAAAUGUGAGACCUGACUAUCUGAAGAACAUAUGGAAGGUUAUUGACUGGAAAUAUGCCAGCCAAGUGUACGAAACGGCGACUGCUUGAUGCCUGUUCUUCUUGAUCUUGGAAGAGUUGCGCCACUUAUGUUUCUUGUCUGUCCUGUAAUAAAUUGAGGGGCUGUCAUAGCCCGACAAAUUUCUCCUCUUGCAAUGCCUGAUGAUACCCUUCCGUUUGCUCGUCCA